AUCUUUAUUUUUUUAUGGAGAAGUGGGCCGUACAUGCUAAGCCUUUUCAUAGCUGUCAUAACCCCCAAAAUUUAGAAUUUUUCACCUCUAAAACUUGAACACUGACCUUGUAAGUGGCCCUGCCACACUUUUCAGACUAGGGUAUAUUAAUGCUAUACAAAAUAGAAAUCAGUUACUUUUGUGCAACCAAUGCAACAUAGCAACCUCUACCAGUCAAAAGCACAAAUUAAGAGCAAGCUAAGACUGAGCUACUAUAAAGAGUAAUUUUGAACAUGCUUCAUUUAAGAACAUAGAUUUUUUGUCAUCUAUGGGUGCUUUUUUGGUGAAUUUUCAAACUUACUGACAAACAAAAAUGUCUCACUCAUUUUGUUGGCAAUUUAGGCCUUAACACCUUUCUAUAGCACUUCAGCUAGCAAUUGCACUCCUUAUACCCUAAUGAUUUAAGAACAAAUUAUAAAAAAUCCAGCUUCAGAUUUUUGAAAAAUUAGAGCAGCCAACCUGAACUCUAAUUUCUGGUUCCAAAUAAAAAGGGUGUAUCACUCUUCAUCAAAAACAUCUCACCAUUUCUCAAACCAUUUAAUUGGUCCUUUGGAGAUUUGAUUAAUCAGGAGUUUUCUGUAUCUAAAAUUAACACUCAUUUCCAUACUAGCAAUAGCAUAUUACAAAUGAAUUCUUUUUUUAAAGUCAUUUAGAUUUUGGAAUGCUUGUCAUCUUGCCACUUUUUUGAGAUAUGGCCAAGUCACUGCAGGACACUCUGCACCAAUGUCUUGAAGAUCUGGAAAGAUAUUAUGAUAAGGGGAGUGAUAAAGACAUACAAGAAACACUGCAGAAAAUAUUUUGCCUCAAAGAUGUAGAUUUGUAUUCAUUGGUUCUUGCAAUUGUCAAAGAAUCCAAGCAUGUUUAUUAUCUACAAAGAAAAUCAAUAGCUGAGAUCACCCUCAACACCUUCAAAAACUGGCUUUUAUCGAAGGGUCGUAGCUUACUGUUGACUGAUGAACACAAAUAUAAUGCUAUGGACUAUUUGGUAAAAAGCGGAAUCAAGUUUACUGAACAAUUACGUGACAUUUUUCAACUGGACAAAGGCAUUGACAGAAGAUUUUUAGUCAAGCACUUAGAGUAUCUGUAUGAUUCAAAAAAUGAUCCCAAAACAGCAGCAAUUGUGGCUAUAGAACUCAAGCUGCAGGAUUAUAUCAACCCUGAAGAGCUGCUAUUGCCGUUAAUUGCUUCUGACAAGUUUCAAGUAGCUGAGGCAUUGUUGAAGGAUAGUCGUAUACUGCAGGAGCGUUAUGUUGAGAUGCUGAACAGACUGUGUGGCUUUAAGGAGGAUGAUUUGUUUGAUUACAUACAAAAUAAGCGUCGUUUAAGCAUCGUUGAUAAAACGAAAUUCACGUCAAAGACGCUGACAAAGAUUUCAGAGAAAGCUGUAAAGAGAUAUGGCCUCGAUCCAGUGAAGUUUCCUAACAUAUUCAGGAAGAAGAAUGUCAGCAGCUUGCGAUACUUGGUCAGUCAGAAAUAUAAAUCGCCCGAUUAUGAAUUUUCAAAAUGGGAUGGACUAAUUAAGGCUGCAGUUGCUAAUGAUACUUGGCUGCAGGAACAACUCAUUUUCCUUCUGGCCUACCAACAUCGUGAUUCUCCAUACGCUGCCAAUCUAGCCAAGCACCUAAACAUGCCACGUAACACGUUGCCGCCAGCUGUACGAUUAGAGCUCGACCGAAAGCCAAGUUCAGAUAGUUUGCAGACUGUAGCCAGCAUGCCUCCACUUAUUGAUAUGUCAAAUGUGUGUGAUGAUGAUUAUGAUGAUUUCGAUGACGAUGGGUUCAUGUUUUCGACUGAUGACGUCAAGUAUGAUGAAACAAAGGAAUGCCGACAGUCGCUUCGUGAGCUGACAGUUAUUGAGAAGUACUGGUCGUACCCCUUACCCGAGGAAAACGUAAAAUUCAUCAACACUUGUGAUGCUCUCCGGCAAAGUAUUAAAGCUAUUUUUAAGGGUGGAAAUAUUAUCGGGUUCGAUGGUGAAUGGCAACCAAAGUACGGGCGGGCAGGCCAGAAAGAUAAAAUGGCAAUCAUGCAAUUAGCCGUGAAAGAAGAAGUAUAUAUCAUUGAUAUUUUUGAAUUCGAUCGUACUCAAGAAGGCCAGGAGCUACUGAAAGUCCUUUUCAACAAGCUGUUUACUUCUGAAGAUACGCUGAGGCUAGGCUUCGGAAUAGACAGUGACAUAAAAGUCAUAACUGACACAUAUCCAUAUGCCAACGACUUUCUGCGAAAAACAAAGAAUUUUGAAGAUCUUCUGUAUCUGAGCAAACAGAUCCUGAAGCUGCCGUGUGUGAUCAAAAAGCUUGGUUUGACAACGGCACCUGAUAAAGAGAAGGGAUUGAGUCAGCUUGUUAAGCAGUGCCUUGGAAAGCCAUUGGAUAAAACAUUUCAGAUCUCGAACUGGGAGCAACGGCCUCUGUCUAAGGAGCAGCUGUUAUAUGCAGCCUUGGAUGCCCUAUGUCUCGUUAAGAUCUAUGAUGUUUUCGAGGACCUUGCAGCAGGGUUCCAAAUCGUCAUCACAUCUAAUCCAAACAGUGGAACUUGUCAGAGCGUUGCUGAAUUUCAGAGUUAUGUGCCCGAGGAGCGGGUUGUCGAUGGUCCUCCGCAACGACCAGGUCAACUAGCUGUAGUCUGUGACACGAUGCUGCAAGGACUUGGCAAAUACUUAAGAUGCUGCGGGGUAAACACUGUGAUUCUGCAAAAUGGCGAUGAUCAUAUGCAUGCAGUUGAGUUGUACUACAAACAGAAAAGGGUUAUUCUUACUCGUGGAAAAGCAUUUAACCAGAUUCGGGCCUAUGUUCCGGAGAAAAUGUGCAUGUGUGUUCCUGAAGGCACAAAUGCAAUUCAGGUUGCCGCUGUUCUCGGGCGCUACAACGUACGGGUGACGUCAAAAGAUAUCUUUAGCAGGUGUCAGUUAUGCAACGGUGACAAGUACUUGACAGUGAAAAAAGAACACAUGCUUUUAGCCUUCUGGAAAAAGACGAGGGUCAGGCCGAAAGAAAGCUUUUUAAUCCAGCAUAACCUGCAUCAUCUCCAGGAUAGCCAAAAAAAUGAAACUGGUAUCGAUUUUCAUCACAUGAUAAUUGGCAAAGGCGCUUCUUUGCAAUGUGAGUUUAUUCCUCCUCAAAUUUUUGAUAAAGUUGAAACAUUUUUUGUUUGUGAAAGUUGCGGCAAGGUUUAUUGGGAAGGUUCGCAUUUUGAUAAGAUAGCUGACCAGUUUUCGCACAUCAUCGUUGACAGUGGUGAAGACGAUCGGAGAUCAUUUUACGACCAGAUGCAGACUUAGGAAUCGUGGAUUUGCUAUUGAUACCAAAGCGUCAGGUUUGUGCUGGCUACAUUUAUGGACAGCCUGGCUUUGGUUGUGAAAACUAAAUUUGGCGAAGCUGACUUCAAGUGGCAAAAUGCACAUUCUAGUAGAUGGCCAAAUCCGGUUUGGUCGCCCAGUUGAUAUUGCGUUGUAGAAGACAAGUGUUCUCUUAUAGGCCAAGAAAUCCUGGUGGCUAGAGUUUGAUUCCUUAUUUCGAAUGUAAGCCACGUAUUGGUAACUUAUUCCAUACUUUAAUUCACACAUGCAGUACUUCAGGUGGUGCCUCCUAGUCAUGCCUCCUAGUCAUGCCUCCUAGUCAUGCCUCCUAUUCAUGCCUCCUACGUUUGCAUAAAUCAUGGUAUUUUGUAAUACGACUUUGAUCAAUUUUUCUUUUUGAAUUUUGCCUGGACUUCAAAGUAGUUAGUAACUGGAUUAAAAUACCUGUAUUUCUUGGUACACCCUAGCGAUUUAAUUGAGAAUCCUCAGAACAAACAACAUUGAAACAAACAGCCUUGAGACAAGCGCUCUGUGCAGUGUUCAUAUUUUAAACUACAUUUCUUCAAGGCAGACAUGUUGGGUUUAAAUGCCAUGAAACAAAUAUCCUUGAAACCAAACCUCAGAACAAACGGCUCUGAAACAAACGUCAUCGAAACAAUAUACCUUGAAGCAAGUAUCCUUAUGUUAAACAACAUUUGCUCGAGGCAAAAACCGUUGGGUUAAAUUGCCUUGAAACAAACAUCCUCGGAACAAAUGGCCUUGAAACAAACAUCCUCGGAACAAAUGGCCUUGAAACAAACAUCCUCGGAACAAAUGGUCUUGAAACAAACAUCCUCGCAACAAAUGGCCUUGAUACAAACAUCCUCGCAACAAAUGGCCUUGAUACAAACAUCCUCGGAACAAAUGGCCUUGAAACAAACAUCCUCAGAACAAACAACCUUGAAAUGAACAUCUUCAGAACAAAUGGCCUUAAAACAUAAAAGAAACGCUUUAUCCAACAUCCUUAGCUUAAAACAGACAAACUUCCUCUAAGCAAACAUCCUUGAAAAGAUUUUCAGGCAAAAAUCUACGAAAAUGGGCUGCUUUGAAACAAAGUUUCUUCAAGCAAACAUCCAUAUAAAACAACCUUGAAAUGAUUAAUUGUAGACCGUUUUCAAAUAAGCGCUCCAUUUUUUUAAAUUUUAAAUUCGAAGGAAUUUGUUUAAAAGUAUAAUUGUUUGAUCAACUGUUUAGGAUGGUUAAGACAGUUUCUUGCAAUGUAUUUCAACCAUUCAGUUUUAAUUAAGGUUAAACUUAUAACAAAGGCGAGAUACAAGAUGCCGAUCUUGAAUGAUCAAGCAAGCAACCCCUAAUUAAAAAUACACUGUGCCUGAUCAGAUCAUAUUCAAAUACUUGUCAAUCAAUGUGAUAUUCACUCUGAAACUUCACAUUAUCUGAGAUUCGUUAUUUUAGGCAGUAAGAUGCAUAAAUCAUGUUGGCUUUCUUUGUUGAUGCCAUUCUGUCCCUUAGUAAGAUUCUUCCUACCUAUUCUGGGCACAGAUGCACGCUAUUUGUUCUCCAGUUUGUACAUAGCACAGCUUUGCGGCUGACACUCUUCGGUGUCUAAAACGACAGAACAUAGAGAUGUAAAACUCAUCUUGAUUUUGCCAUCGGGCAGCAUUUACUGGUAUACCCAGACUGUGCCAAAAACGUUAUGGUGACAUGUUUCAGAUUAUUGGUAUACCCUGGUCGUCUUUCUAGCAGUAUCAUCGUUUCUUAUUGAAUAUUUUCUUUGUAAUGUGUAUUUACCUGGGCAACCUAGGUUAAUCUAAAAGUUUAUCAAAAUUUGGAAACGUCUUUAUGGCACAUUUUCAAUCAACAGCAUUAAGAUUUUAAAACUGAAUUUAAAAUUGGUUCAAGCAAAUAUUUCUUAAAAUGGAAAUGAAUAGUAGCUUUUGUGAUGAAUAAUAGUUUAAAAAAUUAUACGUUUAUUC